AUUUAAAUUAGAUCUUUGAAUAUCAAAACUAUUUUUCAUAGUAUUUUAGUAUGCCAUUCAAUGUUUUUAUGUUUUUUCUUAAGAGCAUGCUAUACAGCAAUUUGUUGUCUCCGUCUUGCAAGUGCUUUAUAUUGCAAAUUUACGUUCAGAAGAUAAGGAUUAACUCGGUUGGUUUAAAAAUUAAAGUGAAUCGACCAAAUAUGAAACUUGAUGGCGAGAACAUUAACUGUGUUCAUGAAACGUCCAAUGCUGAUUUAGUAGAUAAGGAAAAAGAUGAAACGUCCAAUGCUGAUUUAGUAGAUAAGGAAAAAGAUGAAACGUCCAAUGCUGAUUUAUUACGUAAUAUUUUGAAAAAAGAUGAAACGUCCAAUGCUGAUUUAUUACGUAAUAUUUUGAAAAAAGAUGAAACGUCCAAUGCUGAUUUAGUAGAUAAGGAAAAAGAUGAAACGUCCAAUGCUGAUUUAGUAGAUAAGGAAAAAGAUGAAACGUCCAAUGCUGAUUUAGUAGAUAAGGAAAAAGAUGAAACGUCCAAUGCUGAUUUAGUAGAUAAGGAAAAAGAGCAUGCUAUACAGCAAUUUGUUGUCUCCGUCUUGCAAGUGCUUUAUAUUGCAAAUUGACGUUCAGAAGAUCAGGUUUAACUCGGUUGGUUUAAAAAUUAAAGUGAAUCGACCAAAUAUGAAACUUGAUGGCGAGAACAUUAACUGUGUUCGUAUGUUGGUUUUUUUUAUGAUUGUCAGUUCUUAAGUUCAAGUGCCCACGAAUAAUAUUUCUAAAUUAUACAAAAAAAUAAGAAAAACCAUAUAAUAUGAUAUUCGUAAAAAAUAUAUAUUAUGUAUAUAAAAUGUAAAAAUCACAAUAUAAUCUAUUCUUAACAUUAUAAAGAGAAAAUGUUUGAUUGUUUGUAACGAAUAAAUCCUAAAAAAUAAAGGGUAUAAAUCCCUUGUUUGUGAACCUAGGCCUGAGCGAUUUUUCUUUGACCAACCGAUUAUCAAUUGUAGGUUCUAAUCGAUUUCACCAGUUAAUCGUAUAUUCGACUGAUCAAUACAUUUAUCACUCCGCUCAAAAUCUAAAAUAUUGUAAAU